AUGUCUGUAGCCAUAUGUCUCUCUACCACAAAACCUUCUGUUUUCUCCUUCUCACAUCCCUUUUCUAUUAUUCCUCCCCUCUCCACUGCUUCCUUCACUUUUUCCUUGACUAAUUCUUGUGAUCAGCCUCCUCUUUCUACGCCUUUGGACACCGUUACGAUUAAGUCGUCUAUGCUUCCUACUGGUAAAGCCAGUCAAGAUGAUCUUCGCCGCCUCUUCGCAAGAACUGGACCACAUAUAUUCAAAGAUGCCAAGAUUCCCAUUUCCCUUGUUGGUCCACAAGUUGUGGAGUUUCUUCUUUCACCUAAUUCUUCUGUUUCAUCCAAGGUUUUACUGGAUGUCACUUUACUUCUCCCAAAAGCCUUGUCUUUGUGUGGUGGCUGUCAGCUUGAUUCCUUGCUUAAAUCUGCUGCCAAGAAUGGAAAUUCCCACUGUAUUUCGGCUCUGAUUGAGGCUGGCGCUGAUGUAAAUAGAAGGGACUCAGAUUGGGAUUCUGUUAUGUCACUAGCUGUGAAAUCUGGAAAUCUUGAUUCUGUUCAGGUUUUGAUUGAGUCUGGUUAUACUAUUGACGAUUCUCUUGAUAGAUUUCUGCAUGAUUCAGCAGCCACGGACUGCUUGGAAUUGAUGGAGAUUCUCUGUUUGGGUUAUGCUGACAUAGAUUUGAAUUCAAUUGAUUCUCAAGGUAGAACUGCCCUUCAUAUAGCAGCAAUUCACGGGCAUGUUGAAGUGCUUCAGUUUCUUGUUUCAGUAGGGAGUGAUCCUGAUAUGUUAGACUCUCAAGGGUGGACUCCUCUGCAUUUUGCUGCUCACAAAGGCCAUGUUGAAGCAGUUGAUUUCUUACUAAAUCAUUCCAGUUUUGCAAAACAUGCUGUAACAAAAGAAGUGAAAACUGCCUGA